CUUGUUUCUACCUUCUACAUAUCCACAUCCCACAUGUACCCAAGGCAAACUGUUUGUACACAUUGUCCAGCUCAGUUGUACGUGGUGGUGCAAGUAAUUGCGAUCAAACAGGUAGUCAACCUAUAUACCUAUAUACCUACUUUAUAACAGGUAUAUAUAUAUCUACGUGAUUGGAAAGGCUUUGGAAAUAUCUCUUUUUCAGCACGCGAUAUAUACCAGGUUAUAUGCGAAAAUCCCUGCGAUGGCGACAAGACGACUUGCGAUAAACGGCGCUACUACCGCUCUGCGCGGGGGAAGUUCCCGACUGGCGGGUUCGGGCUCGAGCUCGAGUUCGGCUACUAUUCCUACAGCUGCGGCGCAUAUACUGCGAGCUUCAUUCGGCACGACUCCUCCUCUGGCGCCGCAGGCUACGAGGGGAACAGCUGGAGUGGUUGCGCGACCACAAUUACUUCGGCGCAUCAUCCCUACGAGCGUCCGGUGGUCUUCGGAUUCAGCAGCCGGGAGCGGGAGUAAGAUAUGGAACUUUGAAGAGCUCAAAACCGCCAUAUCCACCCCGAAUUCCACCCCCAAAGUCACCAUAAUCGACACCCGCGAGCCCUCGGAGCUAUCCUCGACCGGCCGCAUCCCCGGCGCCCUCAACAUCCCGAUCGUCAGCGCGCCGGACAGCUUCCACAUUCCCGCGGACGAGUUCGCCGACCGGUUCGGGUUCGAGCGGCCGGUGCCCGACGGCGACGGCGAGGCGGUGGUGUUCUACUGCAAGGCCGGCGUGCGCAGCCGAGCCGCCGCGCAGAUCGCUCGCGAGGCUGGCUGGAAGAACGUCGGCGAGUACCCUGGGAGCUGGCUGGAUUGGGUGCAGAAGGGGGGGAAGAUUGAAAGGUGAGGUGGGGUGGGGUGGGGUGAGAUGAGGAUUAUAGACGUGAAGAUAUAAAUAUAAAUACCUAACCUAAGACAUGGUGGCGGUUAAGAAGAGGCUAGUUAUCUGAGAGUCUACCUUUCUAACCUCAACUUCUAUAGAGCGAACAAAUAAGCGAGAGCUUAAGAGCUAUCUGAAGCUCUAGAUCUAGACGAGAGAUAGAAGAAAAAGGAUAAAUCAAAUCAAGG